CUGGGCUUCCGGUAACUGUAGCCGGCCUAGCCCGCCGGAGCCCGCGGCUUGGUCCCGCGCGUGCGCAGUAGGGUGUGGCGCGGGUCUUUGGCUUCCGGCUGAGCGGCAUGAUGCAAGGAGAAGUAAGCCCCAGUGCUUCCCUUAUUGACAGAACUAUCAAGAUGAGAAAAGAAACAGAAACUAGGAAAGUGGUGUUGGCCUGGGGACUCCUAAAUGUAUCCAUGGCUGGAAUGAUCUAUACCGAAAUGACUGGAAAGCUAAUCAGUACAUAUUACAAUGUGACGUACUGGCCCCUCUGGUACAUUGAACUUGCCCUCGCCUCGCUCUUCAGUCUUAAUGCCUUGUUUGAUUUUUGGAGAUACUUCAAAUACACUGUGGCACCAACAAGCCUGGUUGUGAGCCCUGGACAGCAAGCCCUGUUAGGGCUGAAGACAGCUGUUGUGCAGACCACACCUCCUCAUGAUCUGGCCGCCACCCAGAUUCCUCCAUCUCCACCUUCCCCUUCAAUUCAAGGUCAGAGUGUGUUAAGUUACAGCCCGUCUCGCUCACCCAGUGCCAGUCCCAAGUUUGCCACCAGCUGUAUGACUGGGUACAGCCCUCAGCUACAAGGCCUGUCUUCAGGGGGCAGUGGCUCUCACAGCCCUGGUGUGACCUACUCACCUGUCAGCGCUUACAGUAAGUUGGCAAGCUUUGGCAUGCCCCACUCGUCCCCGUACCCCACCACCGUUGGCCCGGUGGAGAGCAGCGGCUUGAGAGCUCGAUACCGCUCUUCACCCACGGUCUAUAGCUCACCUACGGACAAAGAGGACUACAUGACAGACCUGAGGACGCUGGACACUUUCCUCAGGAGUGAGGAGGAGAAGCAGCAGAGAGUGAAGCUGGGGAGCCCAGAUUCCACCUCUCCUUCCACCAGCCCCACCUUCUGGAAUUACAGUCGUUCUGUGGGGGAUUAUGCACAAACCUUAAAGAAAUUUCAAUAUCAGCUUGCGUGUAGGUCUCAGGCCCCGUGUGCUAACAAAGAUGAAGCUGAUCUCAGUUCUAAGCAAGCAGCAGAAGAGGUGUGGGCAAGAGUGGCCAUGAAUAGACAGCUUCUUGAUCACAUGGACUCGUGGACCGCCAGGUUUAGAAAUUGGAUCAACGAGACAAUAUUAGUGCCUCUUGUGCAAGAGAUGGAGUCUGUGAGCACGCAGAUGAGGCGCAUGGGCUGUCCAGAGCUGCAGAUAGGAGAGGCGAGUGUCACCAGCCUGAAACAAGCUGCCCUGGUCAAAGCUCCUCUCAUUCCGACCCUGAAUGCAAUCGUGCAGUAUUUAGACCUCACACCAAAUCAGGAGUACUUGUUUGAAAGAAUCAAAGAGCUUUCUCAGGGGGGCUGUAUGAGCUCCUUCCGGUGGAACAGAGGUGGCGACUUCAAAGGCCGCAAGUGGGACACAGACCUGCCCACCGACUCUGCUAUCAUCAUGCAUGUGUUCUGCACCUACCUGGAUUCCAGACUACCCCCACACCCCAAGUACCCUGAUGGGAAGACAUUCACCUCCCAGCACUUCCUUCAGACGCCCAACAAGCCAGAUGUUACGAAUGAAAAUGUGUUCUGUGUUUAUCAGAGUGCUGUCAACCCUCCGCAUUACGAGCUGAUCUACCAGCGCCAUGUCUACAAUCUCCCAAAGGGCAGAAAUAAUAUGUUUCAUACGUUGCUGAUGUUCCUCUACGUCAUAAAGACCAAGGAGUCAGGAAUGCUUGGGAGGGUUAACCUCGGGCUCUCCGGCGUGAAUAUCUUGUGGAUUUUUGGAGAUUAGUCCUUCGUUGCGUCCUAACACUGGGCUGCCAGAAGUCGAAGCUCAGCAGGGAACGAGCCGCUGGGGUGCGUCUCACGGUUCUACCCCUCGGAACAGUGAUUACAUUGGAUGGCUCCAAAAUUACAGCACUGGGGUGGAGCCAGUGCGGCGCCCUGCACAGAGGGGACAAGGACUCCUCUGUGACACCCGUGAGAACAGCACUCCAUCUGCACCAUCAGAAGCUGGCUUCAUUGUUGGCCACUAGUAUGAGCCACUCAACGAGCCUUGCUAGUUCUCUCUUGUGUCUGUAUUUCCCCAGUGUUCUACAAAUCAGCCUGAAGCUGAGCGGAAAUUAAUUUCUCAGUGAUGUAGUAAUUAAUCCUGCUGAGCAUCUCCCCAACCCCCUGUUGGUUUUUUUAACAUUAAAAGAGAUUUGAUAAUA